GAGUCCGUCAACUGAUUUGUCAUCACCAGAAAGUCAUUUCUCAUUUCCAGAUAUUCUCACUCCCAUCUGCAUUUCAGACAUUUUUAGCUUUGAAGUCUCUCAACAAUGUCGACCACCACCGUUGCGCCACCAAUCUUCAUCGACACGGCCACUCUGCGGUCAAUCCUCACCUACAAAAACCUGAUCAACCACUUCCAAACCUCCCUCCCCACAGCCUCAUCCACCAUCCAAUCCCCAAUUCGCCAAACCCACCAAACAAGCCCCACCUCUUCCCUGCUCCUCAUGCCCUCUUGGUCCCUCUCCCCCUCUUCCCUCCCCUACAUCGGCGUCAAGCUCGUCACUCACCACCCCCACAACUCCUCCCUCAAUUUACCCGGAAUUCACGCCUGUUACGUCCUCUUCAACUCCCAAACUGGUCAAACCCUAGCCUCCAUGGACGGCACUGAACUCACCCUCUACCGCACCUCCUGCGUCUCAGCCUUAGCCUCGCUCUACCUAUCUCGACAAGACUCCCAAGUCCUCGCUAUGAUCGGCGCUGGUUCACUCGCUCCGCACUUGAUCAAAGCCCAUCUCACAUCAAGGCCGAACAUAAAGAAAGUGACGAUCUGGAAUCGAAGCGCAGCGAAGGGGAGAUCGCUCGUGGAGAAGAUGCGUAAGGAGGUGGAAUUUGAGGGGAUUGGUUUCGAGAGCAGCGAGCGGUUGGAGGAGGCGGUGGGGGAGGCGGAUAUAGUGAGCUGUGCGACGAAUUCGGAGGAGGCGCUGGUGAAGGGGGCGGCGCUGAAGGAGGGAGCGCAUUUGGACUUGGUGGGAUCGUUUAAGCAUUCGAUGAGGGAGUGCGACGACGAGGCGAUACGGAGGGGUAGGGUGUUUGUGGAUAAUGAUGCGGCGGCGGUGGAGGCAGGAGAGCUGGUGGGUGCGUUUGAGAGAGGGGUUAUUAGCCCUAAUGAGAUUGCUGGGAAAUUGGUUGAGUUGAUUGAGGGAGAUAAGGUUGGGAGAAGAGAUUUGAAGGAGAUCACUGUAUUCAAAUCUGUUGGUUCGGCUGUUGUGGAUGUCCUCAGUGCGCAAUUGGUGUAUGAGACUUUCAUGAAUGGUCGAUCACUUUCAUAGAGUAAUCGCUUUUGGCUGCUACCUCUUUUUGAAGCUAUUCUUGUGCUUUGCUUCAAUUCAAGUUUUCUUCAAUAAAACAUCAGACUUCAGUGAGUGAGUUGUGAAUAAAAGUGUGCUAGUAUGUAUGCUAGUCAAAACUAGACUUAUUUUUUCAAUUUUAAUGGUAUGAUAAUUUAUUACA